CUUUGCGUUGGAAAACUUAAGACCAAUGCACUACAAUGGCUACAUGCAAACCCAAAACGUAUAUUGGAGUCAGUGGACAAGUUGUUGGACGAGUUGGUGAUGGCGUUUGGUUCCAGGAAAUCGAAAGCAGAAUUGCGGCGUGCUUUUGAGGCCCGUGUCUGGAGAGAUGCCGAGCGAUUUUCAGAAUACUUUGAGAAUAAGGUGAAGCUAGCCCAACACGUCAAUAUUGAGGACGACGAGCUACAAGAUUUCAUCAUUCCAUUGGAGAGCAUGCGUAUACAAGCGCGUGUACAAUGUUUUGACAAUCCAAACCAAUUGUUAAGAGCAUUUGCGGAGGUCCGGCUGCCAAGUAAGAAGUUCGUCGAGAAGCAAAACAGGGUACCCAAGGACUCGAGGUGCCAUAAUUGUAAUUCAAGAAAUCAUUGGGCGAAGGAUUGCCUAAAACGUUUACGUGUUCGUGGAUCUUGUUAUGGGUGUGGUGCCAAGGAGCACCUCAUAGCGCAGUGGCCGCAAAGGAAGAAGCCCAAGGACAAAGUAAACAAUUAUAGUGCGUCAUAGAUUCGGGCAGCGCCUAAGGAUGUGCAGCUAAAUGAUAACUUUGAAAACUUUUGCGGGCUAAA